CUCGACUCGCACUCAAUGUAAUACAUCCAAUCCAUCAAUCCAUUAUUGUCGCGAAUAAUUACAACCAUGUUGGCUGCGCGCGAUCAGGAGAAUUUGGUCCAUGGCCAUCACCAGGCCGCUGCAUCGAAGCCGCUGAACCAGAGCACGAGAGGUGGCCUUCAACCUAAGACACCGGGAAAUAAGUAUCCCAAGACACCACUGAAGAUUCCUCUCAACGACGAAAAUGCGCCGACAGGAUUUGGAAAGUCGGUAAAGGGCAAGGGACUGGAGAAUUUGGUCACUGGAAAGAAGGGCGCGACUUUCGACAAGAAUGCCUUUAUUACUCCUAUGGGUCCAAGAACAAGAGCUCCUCUUGGUAUGAAAACAACAAAUGCCAAGACCAAAGGUUUCCAGACCCCUGGCCCCGCGCUCGAGAAGGAAAUAGAGAAGACUCAACCCAUGCAAACGAGCGCCCGUCGCCCAAAGAAAGUCAUACACGCCGAUUCAGUCAAGUUAGAAGUACAUGGAGACGAGAGUCCAUUAGCAGAGAGAGACGUCGAAUACUGCCCCCCGAAACCCAAAGACCUCCCCUACGCAUCCGAGGACUUUCCCGAUGGCUGCCUCAACUACGAUGUCCUCAAGAAAGGCAAUUUGAUGAGAGGGAUCUACAACAAAUAUUAUAAUGACCUCGACGAGAACGGCAUGUCGAAACAAGACCAUGUGAACGAGGAAGCAUAUCAGAAGUCUGCAGCAAAAGCUGAUGAGCAGAUCCGCAAGAUGAUGGAGGAAGAGUGGACCGUUGGAGAUGUACCCGAGACAUUCAGACAUCUGCGCAAGAAACAGUCACAACCAAAAGAAAAGACGGAUGGCCCAUCACAACUGAAGAAGAUACCCGCUCUUCCUAACAAAGGACCAGCAACAAUUGCCGCGAGAAAGGCUGCCGGUGCGCUGUCAGUUGUCCCCAAAUCCGCUCCAGCGCCACCGAAGGCAACAAAACCAACUCCCAAGCCAUCCUUUCUCUCCCGCGCGAAACCUGCCUCACCACCCACCAUCCAAAGUAACGCCUCAACCAUGCGCCAUGCAGCCGCAACCGCUGCUUCGAGAUCCACAAUCGGCUACACAAAAGGACGAUCUGCGUUCAGCCAAGUCCAGAAGACGGAGCGAAGUGGUUUGACACGGAGUAUCAGCAACCUUAGUCAAGGCUCCGAUACGACCAUCACCCCGGAGAGAUUUUUUGCGUUGGAGAAUGAGCAGGAGUCAAAGAGCCCGGCUUUCUUGAAGGCGUUUGAGGUUGAUGAUGAAGAUUUGGAGCCGGGAUUGAGGGGCAUCUUGCCGGAGUGCUUGAGGAGACCCGAUGAUGAGGAUGAGGAGUUUGUUUUCACAUUGGGAGAGAGUGAGGCGAAGGAAUAAAGGCAUAGAGCGCUAUAUGAUUAUGGAUACGGAGUGUUCUGGUAUGGCGUUCUGGAGUUGGAGUUGCGCUGGUGUACUGCGUUGGUUGCACUGGAGCACAGCUUACCUGUCGGAUGGUGUGUGAAGCAACAAUAUGGAUACAUUAUAUCUUAGGAAGAUUACUACUGUACGCAUAAUUCUGUCUUGAAUAGACUCUUUCUCUCAAG